ACUACUGCAGCACGCUCCGGCCAGGGGCCACGGGGGCCACUAUUCAUAACAAACAGGGGGCUGGCUCCUCUCCUCCUCCUCCUCCUCCUCCUCCUCUUCUUCUUCCAUCUCAUCUUCCAACAUCACCACUACCGCCAUCAUCGUCGUCAUCAACAUUGGCAUACUGCCCACCCACUCCACCCACACCACUGCUCCCCUCUGAGCCUCGGCCCCUGGAGGCCCCCGGUCUGUGGGCCGGGGCAUCCCCGCUGCGCGCAGAAGGGUUGGACAUGGAUGUGGAAGAUGCUCCUGAGGGCCCGGAGCCCUCCACCUUGCCUGAGGAGGUUAUAAAGGAUGAAGAAGAUAUGAAAGAAUACAGCACAGGCUUGGAAGGUGACCAGUCUCCUGUCGAGAAGGAUCAGAUGGGCGAUGGGAGCUGUGCUGGUGGGAUGAUACCUGCGUCAGUGUCCGAGGCUGGCAGAGGGACUAGAGGGCUGAUGGUGCAGGGCGAAGAGGCUGGAUCAGGGGAAAGAGUCCUGCCAGAGCUUGGCGCCUGGGCCUCACAGGGGUUCGCCUGCUCCCUGUGCAAACGGCUGUUCAGCAGCCUGGAGCAUCUCAGGGAACACGAAUACCGCCACACCCUGUCUCUGAUGGCCUUGUCCAUGGACUGGGAAAUGCAGGGUCCGCAGCCCACCCAGCCCCGUCACCAGCCGCAGUCCCAGCCUCUCCCGUACCACCAGUCCCUCUACCGCUCCGCUGUGACCGAGUCUGUGCCAGCGCGCUACCUCUGCUCCCAGUGCCCCGCCAGCUUCACACUCAAGUCCAACGCAGACCGACACGAGAAGACGAUCCACUUCAAGAAGAAGCUGAUGCAGUGUGUAUACUGUCUGAAACACUUCAGAGACCGCACAGACCUGCACAGGCACCUGUCGUCCGUGCACUCUAAAGAGAGAGGGCACACCUGCCCCGCCUGUGCCAAGGCCUUUAGCACUCAAAAGAACCUGGCGACACACGUUAAAGUGUGCUGCCAGGUGGGGUCAGUGCCAGGAACGAUACUUGGAGGCAGCGCUGGGAUGGAAAUGUCCAGAGGCGGGGUUAUAUAUCCACUGUGGCGACUUUCUCAAGAGAUGAAAGUUGACCAUCAUAAUCACAGUAUCAAUGUGGAAGACUGAAUGCAUGGGCUGCAGGUUUAUGUACACACAUCCAUAACCCCUCAAUUAGCAUUGUAUCCCUACUUGUGUUGUUUGUUCAUGCCAAAAACGAUUUGUAGUUUCUGCACUGAGGAGAUCAAAAUAUCUGUUGACAUCGUUAUUAAUCCAUAGAGACUUUUUUUUUUACAACUUGUUCAUACUUUUCAUGAUAUAUGAUCUAACAUGUCAGAGGUUCAGAAUUGCUAUGCAAAACUAAUCUUUUAAACAAACUUUUGGCUGUACACAGUAUUGUUAGGGUUUGUGAAUAGCUUGAAGGUAUUUUGUGCUGCGGGUGCAGAGAACAGGGGGUUGUGAAACCCCCCACCCCCACCCCCCCACCCCAGCUCUAAACCACUUGUCUGACUCGCUGUCGCCAGUCACCCGUCUGACUUAAGUCUUCUCUCCUUUUUAGGCAGAGAGAUCUUUAUCUUUGUGUCCACCCCUGCCUGCAUUAUGGGCACAAAGACACUCAGACACACACACAGUUCAUAUCUGCUCGGCUUUCCUGUAGCUCACGGACCACGCAACCACACCACCUGCAGGAACUAUGUAGUAUUGCAGCGGUGAGACCCAAAUCACAUUUAUUUUCCCUGGCAGUGCAACUCAAUUAGCAUUUAAAAUAUUUAUUAUUGGCAUAAAAGAUGUUGAUUUAAAAUAUCUGUGGUUAUAGAAAGUGAUUCUACCUCAGAUCCACCUCCACUGGACAUGUAGGAGCUUGUCUCCAGUCAUCAGCCUGACACAAUUGUCUUGGGUCAGUGCUGGGAGUUCAGUGCAGAUGGAGGGGAUGUGCCGAAAGAGACAAAACCAGCUAAAAACAAUAGAGCUGUAUCUGCUCGGAUGGGCGUAGGGUGGUGUCAUUUUCUCUCUCUCUUUGUCCUUCUUGCUCUGUCGCAGAUCUGUGCGUCUUCUAGUGGCUGAGUGUGGCUGGAGCUGGACAGUAAUUGGCCCUUCAUGGCUCCGACCCUUCUUAACCCCUGACCCCUCAUCUGAAGAGGAAGUGGGGACAGAGGGGCCGACUCCCUUUAAAGCAGAUGAGCUUAGUGAUGUCACUGCUGCAGGCGGAUAAUGGUGCGGCUGUGAGAGUGAGGGAGAAAAUGGGGGGGAUCAAGGGUGACAAGUGGGAAAAUGCUGGAGAGACGAGUAAGGGAGGUGGUGAAGACAGAAGGCUGCAGGAUCGUGGAUUCAGUAUUUAAAAUCCAGACACAUUUCUGCCAAAUGUUCCUCCUUUGAGUUUACAGCAGGCCUUUACCCUGCAACAAGAUAUUGUCCUGAUACAACCCAGUUUUCAAGGUUUUAUUGUGUGUGCACUCACACUGUGUGUACUGCACCCAAAGGGAAGACAUCCACCUGUGUUUCGCUCUAAUAAUCCACUCGCUCCGGCACAUAUGUGCUGCAUGCGUGCAUCGAAAAAAGACAGUCUAUUAGUGUGUAUUGAGAAUUUACCCCCCCUUGCUGUUGUAUGUAUGUGUUGUGUGUGUGUGUGUGUGUGUAUCUACACAAAGAACUCCCAAAUGCCAAAUCCUUUCUAAUACAAAAUCCCAUUUCUCAGGUAGCACACACUGUCCUAGCCAGCAGCUGAAACGGACUGGUAGGCUUAGAGAAGUCAGGAACUAAUCAGGAACUCUGCAGUAUCAGCCACUGAGGAGAAAUGGCAAAUGGUGUGUGGAUGUUGUGUAGUUUUUUAUAGCAUUGGAAUAUGUGUUGUUUGUUAAGACUGAAAGAUCAUUUUAGGUUAUAAAGAAAACUAUGUAUUGUAUAAAAAUAUGUACUUUUCUAAACGGAAUGAGAUUCUGCUUGUAGAUUUUAUGCUGUAAUUAAACUAUUAUGG